AUGAGGACGAGUGCAAUUCAGCCCCGGGGGAGUGUUGUCCUCCUUCUGCUCGUCCUUGCGGUGCGGCUAACGGCACCUGUGUUCGCCGGGACCUCAUACGCGGUCUUUACCUUCAAUAUGAUACCUGGACAGCCGUACAUGAACACCGCGUCGGAACGCUGUGCGGCGGCUGGCAUGCAUCUCGCGAUACCGAACACACUCGCCAAAGCAACCGCUAUGGAGGAAUUCCUGGCGAAGUGCAACACCACUUCAGACGUUGUGUUUGGAGCAAAUGGAAUGCGAUGCAGUACAAGUAUACCGCUCCUCUAUUUUUCACCUACAAUGGACAGAACUACAUACCCUUUCUUCAAAAGCGACGAUCAGUGCUACUCAUUGGUUGGUACCUUCGGCCAUAAAAAAGUCUGCAGUGUGGAGAAUCCCGAGUUAGGUAAACCAUUCUAUCGCUUUGACGCUACACCUUACACUCAGAUGAACUGCACUGGACCGCUGUGGGUCGAUUAUGAUCCGGUACUGCGGUAUAGGUACACGCGGCCCAGAUUUUACUACUACUCCCAGGUGGCGUGGAAUCUCGUGAGGCUCCCCAACGGUGAUGUGACCACCACCUGGAAGGGAGUAUGCAGUUCUCAGGAGUGGAAAAACCAACCUGGAGACGCCCAAAAUUGCCCGAUCCCUGACCAUGUCAUGUGUGAAUCUGAGACGUCUGCGAUAUUUUCUGGUGCCAAAUGCUUCGUCGGUGAGGAGCGCACAGAGACUGAAGUAAGGGAUGACUUAUGGAUGAUAAUCGCCGCAGUCUCUUCCGUUGUGCCGCUCGUCAUCUUGAUUGGGGUGUUGACAAUUUUGUGCUUUCAAGCACAGAAGGCCGGAGUUAUACGAGUGCGCAGUGGGUCCCUGUACAGUGGCAGUGAUCUCGGUUCACAGAGGGGGAUGGUUGUCCCGGGAAGUGCGAAGCGCCGCGUGGGAGCAAGCAUACCUCGACAAGGAAGCUUUAACUCCUACAGUUCUGGCGUGUCACGCCAAGGGAGUUUCACCUACAACGGUGCCAAUAUGGUUCCUCAGGGGGGG